AUGAAGUUCACUUCACUCGCUGCCGCUUCAUCUUUGCUUCUGGCUGCCACCACUGCACAGGCCAAGACAUGGCUUCUACCUAUUCCUCAGUCUGUAGAAUGGACCGGCCAUGCUGCUCCCCUGAGCAAACGCUUCACCAUCCGCGCUGGCGGUGACAACAAGCAUGUGCGCAGCGCCGCCAGACGCUAUGCCGAUCUGAUUUUCAAGGAGCGCUGGGUGCCUGUCCAAGUCCCCUAUGAAGAGGAGACGCUGGCAUCGUCGGACAACCCAUUGACGAGUCUGGACAUUUCCGUCAAGGACAAUUCGGUCAAGCUGGACUAUGGCGUGGAUGAGUCCUAUUCCCUGGACGUGCCUGCAAGCGGUGGUAAGGCAACCUUGACGGCCGAAACCUGGGUAGGUGCUCUACGUGGCCUUGAAACCUUUUCACAGCUGGUGAUAGCUGGGGACGACGAUAAGUUGGUGGCACACACGGUGUCAAUCACGGAUGCUCCUUCAUACCCUCACCGUGGUGUUUCGUUCGACACAUCGCGCAAUUAUUUCCCAGUGGACGAUCUGUUGCGUCUUUUGGAUGCCAUGUCGUACAACAAAAUGAAUGCGUUCCACUGGCACGCCACCGACGCACAAUCCUGGCCUCUUGUGUCAAAGUCACACCCGGAGCUCUCCAAGAACGGCGCCUACAGUGCUUCUGAAAUUUAUGGUCCCAGGGAUGUCCAACGAGUCCUUGACCAUGCCGAGUCACUCGGUAUUCGCGUCGUGCUGGAGAUCGAUAUGCCUGCCCACACGGGUGUGAUUGCUGAGACUUACCCGGACUACAUUAUUGGCUAUGAAGAGUUUUGGGCAAAGUAUGCCGCCCAACCGCCAGCAGGCCAGAUCGAUCUGAUCAACGAGGAUGCAUGGAACUUGGUCAAGGACUUGGUCAAGGAAGGCACCGAAGCAUUCCCGGAUUCAUUUUACCACACCGGCGGUGAUGAGAUCAGCACUGCUUGCUAUGAGCUGAGUGAGGAUAUUGUCAACUAUACCAAGGAACACAACAUGACAACCUUUGAACUUUGGUUUGAGUGGACAAAUAAGCUGGUGGACUAUGUUGCCAAGGAUCUCGGUAAGCGACCUGUGGUAUGGGAAGACCCGAUUCGUGACGGUGGCAGCCUGCCUGAGAAUGUGGUCGUUCAAGUCUGGACAGCACCCCCGCAAAACUAUACUAGCAUCGGUCACGACGUCAUCGUCUCCAACUCGGAUUACUUUUACUUGGACUGUGGCAAUGGCGGCUGGGUCGGUAAUGAUCCUCGCUACAUUAGCCCCACGCAGCAAGCAACUCCUGACGAUACUUUCAACUACGGUGGUACUGGUGGAUCGUGGUGUGCUCCUUACCACACAUGGCAACGCAUGUACUCGUUUGAUAUGACCUACGGUAUCCCUGACGACUCUCCUGGCAAGAUUAUUGGUGGUGAGGUUGCCAUGUGGAAUGAACAAGGCGGUCCUACUGUGCUCGACAGCAAGCUGUGGCCUCGCAGUAGUGCCGCUGCUGAGGUGUGGUGGUCUGGCAGCUACAAUCAGGAUGGCAAUCGUCGAAGCGUUCGUGACUUGCAGCCUCGUAUCAUGGAUUGGAACUAUCGUCUUGUGGCUCGUGGUAUUGACGCUCAGCCUCUCCAGCCCCUGUGGUGCGUGAAGCAUCCAGAACGCUGCGACCUCAAUGAUCCUGCAGAGUCGGAUUGA